AGGUCCUCCAAUGCUGGCUACAGCUAGUACUACCUACAUCCUCGAGCGUGCUGUUGUAGCUAUACCACCUAAUUUUGGUGUCUUCGUGUCUUCUGUUUGGAUAAGUUCGGACGAGCCACAUGAUAUUUAUAGUACGCUGCCAGGAGACUUUGGGUUUUAGUUUUGCAAACCACAACCACGUAGUGGAUUGAGGUCUUGGUCCCCGGAGCAAAUAAGCAGGCAAACCAAGGACUUCAGUGCGGAGCGUAUCCUUUAUCUUUUUCGUCCAAUAUUUUUUUCGUGGGCGCGGAAACUUUCAGCAUCUGGACGGUCUGUAAGAUACUUACGUUUACAAACCUCAUGUCCGCGUCCGACGGCGCGGCGAAACGCCCACAGCACCAGAAACUAGAAGAUCUAGUGCAGGCUGCACCCGAGAAGAGGCUGAAGGUCUUUCUGGUCCUGAAAGUAUGCAUUGCAAAAGUAUCGUACUCGUAGUAUUGCAAUACAAAUUAAGUCAGCAUGACAAACGGAAUUUGUCAUGCUGAUUUUGCUUGAAGAAGAAAUUUGUCUUGCAUGACUGCGAUUAGUACCGAGACGACGAUACUUUUGCAAUGCAUAGAUGAAAGAAGACCAAUACGAAACUACUUUCGGCGACGGAAAAUACUUGCAUUUUUACAAUUGUGAUCUGGAUCAAGCUAUGCAUUUGGCAGAAGUACAAGUAUCUUCGUAUGUAGUGAGGUCACGAACGUUCUAUCCUAGCGGUCUUUUUGCCACCUCACCUGCAAAACGACCGGCAGUUUUCAAUCGGGCGGAGGUGUUUUUGGACGUAAAAGAUUUCCACUUGUCAAUCGUGCGGGGCUUUGCCAUCAAACAAGCCCGAGCGGAUUCUAUCGAUUCCCGAUUGAUAAAACGACGCAAAGGAGCUCCCAAAAGGGGCGCCCUUCCGAGGCGCCCAGCGCACCUAUUUCCGUCGAUUUGGGCCGCCCAAAAAGGGGCGCCGGAAAAUUGCCAAGACGAAAAAAAGCGCGAAUCCGCAUGGUAUGGACCCCACUUUGGCCCACUUUUAGAGGUCGCAAAGCCGGCCGCCAAAGUCUAG